UCAGUAUCACCGGGAAAAUAAUCGGUAACAAAUAUGGAGAAAAAUAAUUUCAAAGUUAUGCUUUAUAUUAAAAAAGAUACCGAAAAUGAGCAAGUGUUUUUCAAAACAGAUGGCCAGAGGUUUUCUACUGAUAAAACAAUCAAAUUAACAGUGGAUACCAGUUAUGGAUUUUCAGUGAUCACCCGCCCACCCCAGAUAAUUCAGAACAUAAGUGUCAUGGGAACUAAUGUAAACACUACAGAAAUGACUGGUGAUAGUAGUAGCUUAACUUAUACCUUCUCCUGGCCAAGUACAGGGACGCAGUUAACAACGAAAGGAAAACGAGACAUCUUGCCUGUUGUACUUGAGGUUAAAGAUAAUGGAUCACUGACUAUGAAUCUGCAAAUCAAAUUCUACAAGCUAGAAGAUAAACAACAUUACACUUGGGGUACACCACUCAAUCACAUUGAAUUUGAGUGUGAGAGUAAAUCUGGGACAAGUUUUGUAGACAUUGUUAAACAGACUUACCGAUAAGCAUUAUAGUAUGAUCAGCCAGUAUUCCACAGGUUUGAAAAGAUAUAAACUUUAAUUCAAUGGAGUAGUUUCAUUCUGAUAGGAAAGAGUAUCUGAGUUUUCUGUCCAGUGGUAUAUCAUGGAAUAAUGUAUCUGGUAUUUUGUAGGAAACAUACACAGUCGAAGGAAACUUUCAAUCAAUUUUAUUUUGAAAUGUUGCAUACAAUUUAGACUGAUUUUUAAGAGGUUGAUUAUGUUCUCUUUAGUUUCCAAGCGUGUAACUGUAUUUUAUGUUUUACAGUGGGUUGGAUACUUCAUUCAGUUAAUACUGUAUAUUGACAAAUGAUAUCUAACUGGUGUUAUAUAAAUAUAUCUUUAUGCAAGUAGCAUAGUAUUCUCACAUGUAUUUAAUUGUUAGCUAUAUUCAUGAUAUUAUGACUUGAACCUAGUUUUUAGCUGUGAGCUCAGCAACUUCUAAUUUUCUAUUUGCUACUUGUUGGAUAUUUUAUUAGAUAUUGGAUCAAGUUUCACAGUUAGUGUGGCUAUCAUUAGUGUGUUAGGUGUUUUAUUGUUUAUUUGAAACAUAUAUAUAUAUAUAUAUAUCUACAGAAUAUAUAUGUGAUGUGAUUAUUGUGCAUGUUUAUAAACUAUGGCAUUUAGUUAAUAGUUAACAACAUUAAAUGGUAUAACCAUAAUUUUAUUACGAAUUCCUCUUCCAAGACUGUAUCUAAAGUCAUAUGGAAUUGUCUCUUGAAAGUAAAGAAACCCUUUAUGCACCUGUAGAAUAUAAAAGAGUUUAUUUGAACUCAUCUGUAACUCACUUACUACUAAACUCUGCAGGAUUGCAAAAUUGUUUAGCAGUUAGAUAAUUAAGUCUUAUUAAAUAAUUUAGAUUGAACCUACAGUUUAAUAUUUUACUAACAUUAAUGCCAAGUUUAUUUUUAGUUCAUAUAAAAACUUAUGGUGAUAAGUGAGUACAAUUAUGCAAUGUCAGUCAGCAUUUUGUUUUGGAAGAACUGUUAUUUAAACCUUGUGAUGUUUGCAGUGAUAGAGAAACUUUAUUUGACUUUUAUUGUUUUUCCAAUAACAGUUUGAGAUAUGAGAAUAUACAUCCGGCCAAAUAGAUACAUAGCUUUGUAUUUGUUAUACUGGUAAGAAUUUAUGCUCUUUUAACACUCACUCAGAACUUAGCUCACAUCCUUCAGUUUAUUUAUUAUUGCAGCAACUCUCAUUGAUACUGUAACUUUGUCCUGUAGUUUGCUGUAUUUUGUUAAUAUCCUAAGGAUUUUUAGCUUUGUUUUAAGCAUUGAAGGAUAGAAAAUUUCUUUUGAUAUGAAGGUUUUAAGAAGGCAUUAUUUUAGUUAAUUGUAUAUGAUAAAAACCUAAAUAGACUUUUAUUAGUCAGGAGAUUAAAAAAGCAUUAAUAUUCAUUUAGUUUCUCCUAAAAAUUUUGGAAUACUCCAGUUAAAUUUACUUCUUACUAAUAAAAUAUUGUGAUCUGUGGAUAAUUAUUGAAAUGAUAAUUUCUUAUCACUGUUAUUAAUUGAUAGAUUGUUUGUUAAAAAUAGAACUUUGUUUGCAUCAAGUACAAUGCAUGAUAAUUGUUAAUCAAUGGUGGAUGUAGGGUCCAAUCUUGGAGAAACCAUUUCAUGAAGAGAAGAGUGCCAAAUAUGAAUGAAAAAAAAAAAUAUUUCAUCAUCUAUUUGAAUCUCUUUGUAGUUUUAGUAAAAACAAGCUUAUUUGUUAGGUUGUUAGAACUUCAUUUUAAACCUUUAACUGAAACAUAAAUAAACAAUGACCUGCAUUGAAACACUUUUGCAAUAAAACAAAUUACAGAAUGAUUCCUGGAUGCAUAUCUUUCUAUUACCUAGUUGUUAUUUGGUAGCUCUUCCCAAUGGGAUUGAAGAAGCACUAAGGAUUUCAGCCUAUCUUCCAUCAUUGUACUUCUUAUGGCAGUUAACAUCCUUUUAACUUUUGAAAAUAUCCUUUUAGGCUCACAGGUGGAAAUUGACAGAGCUGCAAGGAUGAAAGUCAUGUUAAAUAAGGAAGGAAAGACAGAUUUGUCACAUUGGUUAAGUGCAUCAUUUGCAGGAUGAGUUUAGUCUGUUUUUCUUUUGGUGUCCAGUCUUUCAAAAUAUUGCUGCCACAUAUGUGAUUCCAUCUCAGCAUCAGCAUCUCUAAAACAUCUUUUGUACUUCUGGAAGGCUAGUUUGACCUCUUCCCAGCAUUUCUCAGUCACUACAGAUGGGAUGACACUAGUAAAGGCACCACUGGCUUUGAAAUGCUUGUCAAAGUGAGUGUAAAAUCCACGAGUAUUGCAGCCAAUGUUAGUAUAUACACAUUGACUCUAAAAUAUACUUCCACACUUUCAUGCAUAGCAGCUGUUGGCCUAUGUUGGCAUUUACCAACCAAAUGGGUAAAUGUUCAAUUCCCAUAACUGUAGCAAGAGCAGAAGGUUCUUUGAACAACUUUUUCCUUUGAGAACUGCUUUUGUGCUAACGAAAUUGGGGACAUGAAUCAAGUCCCCAUCUGGUCUUUACAGAGCUUAGAAUAGAGAUUUCAACACUGCAGCAAAAAAGUUUAGGCAAGCCAAGCCUACUAGAGUUUUGGUCUUUGCUAAGGCAUGCUGGAGAGAGUCUGACUUCUUUUUGCACCUCACUGGAUUUCAAAAUUUUCAAUGACCUAAAUGCUUUUAAUACUAUGACUGAGAUCUCUUAAAAAUUUUGAAAUGAGUGUAUGCCUUUCAACAAAUCAUGUUAUGAUGGAAGUUCCAUCAUUUUCUGGAUUUAUAACUCUGUCUUUUGGACCUACUUCUAGGAAAAUAGCUCCAUUGUCUUGAUGUUUUUGCAUAUGCAGAUUCUGAACAGCACAUAGUGUUAAUGAUUCUAUGAUAGUUCCUAGGAAUUCGUGAUUUUGCUUAAUUUACUUCAGUCACUCAUUAUCUAUCUUAUUAGACACAUCUUUCUACAGAUUUGCAAGGAUCCUAUUAAAAUUUGCUGCACUCUGAACACUCAUUUGAUGGAACUGCUACAAGCUGUUUUUUCCUGGGAUGCACCAAACAUUUUCUUAAUCUGGUUGCCAACUAACUUCUGUCCACUUACCAAGUGAUCUGAAUUCAGUUGCCUGGGAAAAGGUUUAUCUUUUUUAGUAUAAUAAAAUACAGAGAAAUCCUUUCUUGCUUGAGGUGCCCGUCUUUCCUUCAGGAAAAUUUGUAUGCCAGUGUCUCCUCUAGUCAUGAAUUUGGUCAUCUCCAGCUGGAUUUAAAGAAAUGCAAAUGCUUUUGAGGAAUAGAAGAAACAACUUGGAGGAUCAAACAGACAUUGACCUGCUUAUUUUGAGCUUACACAAUUAGUAUUAGCUGCAGCUUCAUUGAUGACCAUCAUAUUUACCUUGUCAGCCAAAGAUUCUGUUCCAGCUUCUGAAAUUGGCUUCAUUGCAGUGCUGUUUUACAUAGUACUGUGGAUUUGGGUAUCUGCAUAACACAUAAAGUUUCCUCUUUAGUAACUCAACUCUGCACCAGACAAUUCAAGUCCCCCCACCCCACCCCACCCCAUUUUUGCUAACUCCACUAAGUGACUAAAAAAUUGUAGUACUUUUGGUUUCUGACAUCAUAAUCUUGCAAAAUACAUGGUAAAUCUUCUUUUAAAGGGCAAGGUAGGUAUCUAUACUAGGGGUAUAAAGAAUCUUGAGGGGUUCUUCCCUCUUUGUUAGUGGUAUUUUCAGUUCUUCCAUGGUUGAGAUGGGGUCAAAUAUCUGGAGUCUUUCUUUACUUUUCAUUCCUUUGACUUUUUAGCUCUAAAGAAAUAGCAUGGGACCUUCAUGAUAGAUCACCAACCCAAGGAAGAAAGGAAAACAUAAGUUUACUUAUUUUGAUGUGCCUUUCUACAUUUCAGAAUUUGACAAAGUUUAAGAAAUUGGAGAGGGAGGAGGUAAAGGUCCCUUAGUGUCCUGUUUCCAACAUUCCUUUCUUGGCAAUCUUGCAAAGCAUUCAUCCUUGAGUUUUACCUAAAACCAAAUAUAAUUAUUUGUGCAAAUGAAAUCCCUUGAUUAACAAACUGGGCCAUAGGGAUAGGGCACCUGAUGAGGUGAUGAAUAUGGGUGUAAUAUGAAUUUGAAUUACUUUUCAUCCUUUGGAGGCCACACAUAUAUUUGAAUUAAUGGUUAUAUAACUUAAUCAUAAAAUGCAUGUUUUAUAGCUUGUUGCACACUAAAAGGUGAUUAUUUGAAUUGAAAAUUAAUGCCUAGUUAUGAACUUCAGCCAAUAGAAAUAGACAAAUAAAAAAAAACAGUUUCUGUACUUGUACUUAGACAAUUAUGUGCAACAACUUGGGGAUCGAAUAGUGUUGUCAAUUUGAUAGAUGUAUAACUUUCAAACAUAAAUUUCAAAAUUUUUAAAAAUCAUUUAAUUUCACUUAAGUGGCAUGUAAAUCAAAGUAUUUAGGUACCAGAAGAGAUUUUUGAGUGCUGACAAAAACCAAUACUCAAAAUGUUGAAGUACUCAUUUAUCAUUUUAUUCUUCUUCAAAGGAAUGAGCAUUCACAACAUAAUUAUCUUCCAUUCUAGUAUCUUAGUCUCUACAUAGGGUAAAUAUUGCAACAUGACUGAAGCCUAGAGCUUAGUGGAAUAGCCUAGACACAUAUGGAUCUAAAUUUCGAUCUAUGCUCAUGAUU